UUCAAAUGUAGAGAUUUGUUGACGCCGAAGUACUUUUUGUUUAACUGCAACUUUAUUUUAAAAUUAAUCCCAGAAAUGGCAUCUACAGAUUCAAGCACUUGUACAAGUGAAGGGGACUCAAUCAAGGUGUUUGUCAGAGUGCGACCUUCAGAUAAUGAGCAAGAAAAUGAACACACCAAGAAUCAAUGUCUGGUUGUUAGGCCACCAAAUAGUAUUGUUGUGUUCAGCAAACCUGAGCCAAAAGUCUUCACAUAUGAUCAUGUUGCUGACAUACACACAACACAGGAAGGAGUAUUUGGAGCGGUUGGGAAAAAGAUUAUUGAAAGUUGUGUUGAAGGGUACAAUGGCACAAUUUUUGCUUAG